AUGGACGGCAGUUCGGGAGUCGCGAUCGCAGUGCCCUGCCUGGUUUUGUCGCCCGCUGGCCCCUCGCUCCCCGCCAAUGGCAAGGGGGCGGCGGGUGCCGGCGCGACGGUGCCGUCCGCAGACGGCCUCCUGGGACCCGCCUCGCCUCUCGUCAAGUCCAGCGUAGGCGAGGUCGCCAUGAUCAACACACACGAGUCGGCAUCAUCGGUGGGCGGUAGCCCAGUUCGGGUGCCGGGGUUGGAUGGCGCGGACGGCAUCCGCAUAGCGCUCGUGAGGACGGAGACGGGGGAGGCGGUGCCCGUUGUGAUCGGCGGCGCGCCGGGCGCGGAAAAUGAUCCCGAUCUCGCGGCGUCUGUCAUCAGGCUGUGCAGCACGGCCAGCGAGGCGGGGGGCAAGCCCGGCGUGCAGGGGGCCAAGGGGGCCGUUCCCGCCGGGUGGUCGGACGAAUCGGAGCGCCUGGCGCAGUACAACGAGACCGUGACGCUGCUGAUGCAGACGGAGCCCGGGGACAAGGACUCCACGACGUCGGAGGCCACCAACCAGGACAGCAACAGCAACAGCUCCGGCGGGGACACGGGCUCCGAGGCGCCCGCCGUCGAUCUGGGCAGUAAAUGGCCGGAGGCGGCCGCGCGGGCGCCCGCCCUGGCGCACGGGGGAUGGCAUGGCGCGAGGCGCUUUUUGGGAACCCGCGGCCCCUGGCUGGGCAGUCGCAUGGCGAUUGGACAGGGCCAGCAAGGAAACGGGGACGGGAAGAUGGGCGAAAGGCGUCCUGGGCGUGCGGAUGUCCGCGGCCCGGACUGCGAAGACGGCGGCGUCGGCGCGAUGCUGAGGGCCGUGGAGGCGGGGCUGCGGACGAUGCGGCCGACGGCCGCCGCCCUGGCCGGGAUGGGCGACGGCCGGUCGGACGCCGAGCGCGACCUGAAGGCGCACGGAGAGGGCGUCGGGGUGGCCUGCUAUGUCGCCUGCCAGCAGCUGGAGAGCAAGCAGCAGCAGGAGCAGCGGAAGCAGGCGCGGGAGCAGCAGCAGCAGCAGCAGCAGCUGGCGCUGUGUUGGCAUGCCUACCUAUCUGGACUGUACAAUGGUUACGGUCUGGCCUCUGGGCCUGCCUCUGGACCGCCUGCACCCCGCUCUCCCCCACCCUUCUCCACCCUGCAACACAGGCCUCUGCCCUCUGGGUGGGUGCUCAAUACGAGCACACCAGCAAACAUUAAGGAAGUCCAGGAGGCUGAGGACGAUGAUCACGUGGCUGGCUUCGAUUACUGCGGGCAGAAGCGCUUCAGGGCUGAAGAAGAGAUGCACUGCAUCAAGUUGCGCCUUACAAAGAAGGGGAGGAAGAGGGUUGAGGAUAGGGUGUGCAGCAAUUGUUGCACGCGGACCACGCCGUUUUGGAGGAAGGAUAGGCACUCUGGGAAGCCAUUGUGCAAUGCUUGUGGUUUGUAUUUUUCAAAGAAUGACGUCCCAAGGCCUGUCUCCCUGUGGCGGAAUGCUGGAGGGUCAGGUGACCCUUAG